AAGUUGGUUUUAUUUUGUUUAAUGAAUUUGUGUGUGAAACAAGCAAAAUGGAGCGCAAAGAAGUGGAUACACAACAGUUCAUCGAUCACACGCUGCUGGCGUCGGAGCUGAUGCAAAAUAACUUUAUGAUGGAUUUAAUAGAUCAUUCGGGUGUUUUUCCGAAACCCGAGGGACCCACAAAUCUCAGCACACCGAGCAAUACUGCAAACGAGGCCGUUGGUUUCGUGCCGAAGCCAACGCUUACGCCGGAACUCAAUUUUCAUAAUACAAUUUUUCAAUUUGUCAACAAACACGUUGUGGAUGAUGAUGAAGCGAACGCAACGCGUUCCAAUACGGUGCCCGCGUCUCCGGAACGGACACGCAGCAACUACGCCAAGGAGUCGGAUGUGGAGUUUCUCACGCUAAACAGCAGUUUCCUCAAUUCAGGAGCAUCGGCAGCAGUUACUGGGAAUGAUGUGGAGGCACAACAAGGUUCCCAGCCAGCAUUUUCAGCACUGGCCAUUGAGCCCACGGUGCCCAUCGAUGUGUCCACGGGAUUGCAGGACGAUGAGCUGCUUUACGUCCACAGUGCAUGCACGACAAAUGCACGCAAAGUCUUGCCACAUAAGAAACGCAUCUCGAGGAAGCUCAAGGGUAAUCUGGCCGACAUGGAAGCUGAUCUGGAGCAGCACAAGCCAGUGGUGGCCACAUACAGCUGUGAGAUCUGUGGCUAUGCUGUGCACACACAAAUCGAAUUCUAUGCACAUCUCAAGGAGCACUAUGAUCCCAGCAAUCUGGAGCAGCGCUUGGAUGUGCCCCAGCAACAACGGCAACAACAGAAGGAACCGUUAGACAUGUGUGGACUGUCGGCUCAAGAUAAGCUGCAACAGGAGCAGGCCAAGCUGGAUCAGGUGUUCCACGACGUGCAGUUGAACUUUGACAACUUUCACAACAUCAGUCACGUGGAUGACGACGUUGUGGAUGAUGUGGGCGUCAAUAUGGUCAUACACACAGAUACCAUGUCACAGAUGCACAAGACUGAUGAUAAGCUUACGCCCGUUGGCUCAUCAAAUGCCACCACAUGCACUGAUGUGCCCGUCGUGGAUGAUGUGGAAUUCAGCGAUACAGAGGAUAUGCUGGAGGGCAUACGCAAUGUGGUGGACAAGGUGUCCAUUGAGGACACCUGCGACGAGCUGGUGGAUCUAGAACUAACCACAAGUGGCAUGCGUGCGCCUUGGUUCAAUAACAAUUACCCAGACAUUGCCUUCUCCGGACUAUUGCUGCCUGGAGAGCCUCCUCCAGCCUCGACGUCGCUGCUGAAGACAAAUCAAAUUGAAGCCGAGCAAAUGACGCUUAAUUUUCUCAAUACAAGCAAACGCGAUGUGGAACAACCGGAGCAGACAUCGUCGCAAUCAAUGUGCCACAAGAAGAAUUACAUUGAGGCAACUGCAACGGCGGCAGCGGCGGCGGAGGAAGAAGACAACAGCGAGAACAACGAUCAAACGUUGCUGGUGCCACAACCAUCGCGAACUCCCACGCCCAUUGGAGGCUCAGCCAUUGAGCAACUGCAGCGUUCCCCAUUGAUGAUAAGCGAUUCCUUCAAAAUGGAGGACGCGGAGGGCACUGCGCGAACGGAGAGAAUAACCACAUCCCCGGCAGCAGCCUCAGUGUCGUAUGACAAUGAUGUGCAUCCGAUGGAAACGAUGGAGGAUAAGUCUCCAAGCGAGGAUGGAAACGAUACGAAGCGAAAGUUUCAUUGUGAAGAGUGCGCCAGGGAUUUCAACUCGUACAACGCCCUCAAGUAUCACCUGUUUACACAUACCCAGGAGCGUGCCUAUCAAUGCAACAUCUGUGAUCGAUCCUUCUACAAUCAGAGUGCGUUGACAGCCCACGCACGUAUACAUUCCGAUUCCAAGCCGUUCAAAUGUGUACACUGCGAUUACAAGUGUCGACAAUGGGGCGAUCUCAAGUAUCACAUCAUCUCGAAGCACAGCGACGUCAAGGCGCACAUGUGCGAAUUCUGCGGCAAGAGCUUCUCCCGCAAGUACUCUUUGGUGGUGCAUCGACGGAUUCACACAAGCGAAAAGAACUAUGUCUGUCAAUACUGUGAGAAAUCGUUUCGGGCCAGCUCUUAUCUGCUGACCCACAUCAAGGUGCAUACUGGAGAGAAACCCUACGCUUGUGGCAUAUGUGACAAGAAGUUUCGGGUAUCCGGCGACCUGAAGCGACACACACGUAUUCACGAUCCGGCAAGGGUUCGACAAAUGCCAGAGAAUUCAGCGAGUGCCCAAAAAAAGAGUGGCAUCAACCACAACCACAUUGGCAGCAAACUGAAGCAAAUUGAGGAUGAGGAUGACGAUGUGAUCAUUAAUAACAAGUCUGAUGCCAUUUGCGGCGACAAUGAUCAGGAAAUUUUGGGCUUAUAGCCUUGUGCCAAGGUUUCUACAAAUUAGAAUUAGUAUUAUUGUACAUAAAACACUUCCAAUUGACAUAAACCAAUAAGUAGAAAGGCAAUUAGCUUUGAAAUAAAUCUUAAUGAUGAAUUCGAAAUAUUGUCAACGAAGGUUAUCAUUGAAUUAACGAACUGACCACCCAGCAAUCAAAUAUUAAGCAUACUAAUUUAAUUGUUAAUAAGAAUUUAGAAUAUAUCCCAAUAAAAAUAAAGUUUGGAAUAUCUAAGCAGAAAU